UUGGGGUGGUUUUAGUUCAGUGCGGGUUCUGAGGGCGGUGAGGGAGGUUUUCUUUAUUUAUAAAAAAAAAACUACGUACAUUUGACGACAGAUAAGCGCACAAGGCAGCCCGGCUGCUCAAUAUUAUUUAUAACAAACAAAUAAAUUAUUAUUAAAUAUUUAUUUUAUAAUAAUUAAUUGUAUUUUUAGAAAAAAAAAACUUUGAGAUAUUGCACCGGGCUUGCCUUUGCGUUGAUUUUAAUUUGUUGUAAAUAGUGCAACUGAAAAAAUAUAUUUGUAUAUAUUUUUUUUUAUCGAUUAAAAUUUUGUAAUUAAUUUGAAUAUUGAUAAAAGUUCUGAUAAAAUUAUUGGUGUUUUUUUCCAAAUUAACAACAAGAUAUUAUCUUGGUAAAAUCAUCCCUCCAGCAAAUCCGUCGCUGAUCGUCUAGUCUCAGAGUCAAUAUGGAAGGUCCAAUUGAACGAGGUAGAAAUUUUCAUCUACUUGGUGAUGAUGAAUUGCCAAAGCUAUUGGAAUUUUUAACUGGACAUUUACCCGAAUCACUAAAAUUUCAACAAACCGUCCUGACUUAUAUGAAAAAUAAAGUUUGGGAUUUUUAUUUUUACGUUGAUGAUGAUUGGCCAAAUGUACCAAUAUGUUUGCAUUUUCCAGGAAUGACACAAUCUCCGAACGGUCUACUGUACGAGAGUUUUGGAGUAUUCUGUCCAACAAAAAACCUGGAUUGUCUGCAUCAACUACGAAGUGAGGACAUGCUGAUCAAUUGGAGCAAACCAUUGUACAUAAAUUUUGUUCAUUGUGAAAUAGCUAAAGAGUUAUUUAAUCUUUAUGAGGAUACUGGUAAAAUUGAACAAGUACUUGGUGAUGUAUGGGCAUGUAAAGAAUUAAAAUAUCAAGAUGAACAUGAUGAAGAAGAUGAUGAUGAUGAUGACAAUUCAACUGAUGGAAAAGUGUUACAAUUAUGUGCUGAACAUGCUGAAAGUAUACAUGAAUUAUAUCCAGCAAAUGAUAUGGAAUGUCAUGAAUUAUUUUUACGUUUAAUUAAAUUAUUGCCAGCAGCUGGUGUAUUUGUUGAUGGUAAAUUAGCAGCAUGGAUGAUACAAUCAUAUUAUGGUGCAAUGUUUUCAAUGCAAACAAAACCAGAAUAUAGAAGAAAAGGAUAUGGAACACGUUUAGCAAGGUACCUGACAAGAGUUGUUGUUGAUCGAGGCUAUACACCAUUUGUUGUAAUACGACCAGAAAAUGAAGCUAGUCAAAGUUUAUAUAAAAAAUUAGGCUUCUGUAAAUUAUAUCAAACAGUUAGAGCAACAUUUAUACCAUAUGGUUAUAAUGAAUGUAUUGAUAAUAGUAUCACUUGUUUUGUUGAUGCUGUUAGAAAUAUUAAAAUUGAUAAUAAAAUUGUUGAUGAAUUUGAAAAUGAUAAUAUUGAGCAAGAUGAUACCAAGGAAAAUAAUAAAAAUUGUAUUAUCAAGUGUAUUGAAAAUAUUGACCAUCAACAUAUUGAUGAUAAAAAAAUUAUUUGUGAUGAAGAUAAUGAUGUGACAUGUGAUGAUGCACAAGUACCAGACAGUGGUGGUGAUGACUAAUUUAAUAUUUAUUAUAAUAAAGUAGCUUUUUCAUUUUAUUAUUGAAUUUUUUUUAUGACAAAAAGAAAAAACAAAAUCAUAUCUAAUUUUUUUGUUGUUUUAAUUUGAUGAUUGUGUCUUCCUUUUUUGUUUUUUUUUUUUUUUUCGAAUAUUGAUAUUGGUCAAACACCAAGUAGAUUUUUUUAUGAUAAAUUAUUAAGAAGAGGUCCCGGUGUAUUUAUUAACCUACAUCAUAUCAUAUUUUUUGAAAUGAAAAAAAUCUAAAAGAUAAAUAAAAUAUACAUAAAUAAUAAUUGCGUAUAGAUUCAGGUUCAAGACCAAAGAUGCAGUUGUAAAAUGAACCAAAAAAAAAAAAAUUAACCGAGCCUUUUUUUUUU